AUGGCUAGUAUCUCUGAAACUUCCGACGACGGCUCUAACGGCGGCGUUCCAAACCAGAAACCCGAAGAACCCCACAAGAACCCACAAGAAGAAAAAGAGAAUCAAAACGAGAACCCGAAUGAAGCAGAUGAAGAAGACGAUCAUCAAGACGAAGAAGUAGAGAAUGUUCCUCCGAUUCCUCGAAAAAUCCCACCAGUACUAAUCGAAAACACUAUCGCACCCCUCCGGAGAUGUCAUUACCCGAAGCUAUCUCUCCUCUCUAACGCCUUUCGUCAAGUAAUCUCUUCAGAGGAUCUCUUCCAAGUUCGCUCGCUCAUCGGCUCAACGGAACCGGUUCUUUAUACCUUGAUCACGUUCAAGUACCCAACAUUUGAAGAAGGAAGAUGGUUCAUUCUCCAACGGAGAAACAAUACCUCUUUAAAAUUGAACUGUGUAACAUCUCUUCCUCCCAUGUUUCUUGGAUGCACUGCCGUCACAAUAGGUCACAAGAUUUAUGUAGUGGGUGGUUAUAACUUCCGCUACAAUAAAACCAUAAGUACUGUGCUUGAGAUAGAUUGUAGAUUCAAUACGUGUCGACAUCUCCGGAAUAUGAAGAGGGAUCGUUGCUCCGCAGUCGCUGGAGUGAUCGACGGAAGGAUUUACGUAGUCGCCGGACGCCAGAGACGAUUUGAUGAUUGGGUCGAAGUGUUCGAUGUAGAGACUGAGAGAUGGGAACUUGUGCCUGGUCCAUUCUCUUCCUUUGCUAGUUCUAGUGGAAAGUUUAUUGUACAUGUGGUUUUGGAUAAUAAGAUUUACAUUAUGGAUGGUGACUAUUGUUUUGCGUACGAUCCAAGGCGACGUAGAUGGGAGACUUGGGGACCUGAAAGUGCACAGAGGAGUUAUUGGCACUUGUCGUCUUGUGUGGUUGAUGAUUUGUUGUACGCGAUUGUUCCUCGGGAGAUUUUUGGAGCUUCGAUUGUCGUUUAUGAUCCAAGGGGAAUAGCUUGGAGACCUGUCAUGGGUUUAGAGUUUUGGCCUAAUCUCGUUUAUUUCGAGUCUAAAAUGGCGAAUUUUGGUGGGAAGUUGGUGAUUUUGGGAUGUUAUCGGAGUAGUUUUGAUUAUUACAGAAAAGACGUUUGGUGCGUUGAGGUGGCUUUGGAGAAACAUGAAGAUGGUCAAAUUUGGGGGAAGGUCGAAUCACUCUCGCUUGUGAAUGCAUUCCCUAUGUCGCCUUUCUUUGAGCUUUCUCGAACUGUUACGAUUUGAUGACUCGUUUGCAGUUGCAAGGUGAAGGAUCUUUUAUUACAUCUAUACUAUUUGAGCAGCUAGUUGGUAUCAGAGAAAAGUAACUCAGAAGCUGUUACAUCUUACACCUUGAAGCGUAACUCGUCCGAUGCUUCUUAACCUUUAGUACUCUUUUAGCUGCCUUUAUGCAAAAACUUUGAAGGAAACUUGUUGAAAUGCAUCUUAUGGGGUUUUUGUGCAGUUGCACUAACAUGAUCUCAAGUUCCUUUUAGAUAUUUAAUUCUUCUGUAAGUAAUGAUCAUAUACAAUCAGAUUUAACGAAACCUAAUCUGCUUCUACCA